CACCCCACCUCCUGCUCCUGCACAAGGUCACAUGCUGAAUGGAAAACCAAACAAGUGCGAGAGAAUUUCUUCUUUUGGGUUUUACAGGUGACCCACACCUUCAAACCUUUCUCUUCUUCGUGUUUUCAGUUAUUUAUUUCAUCACUUUGUUUGGAAAUAUGAUGGUCAUGGCUGUGAUAAGUAGUGACCCCCACCUUCACUCCCCUAUGUACUUCUUUGUUUUUCACUUAGCCCUCAUAGACAUCUGUUAUGCCACCACCAUUGUCCCUUACAUGCUGGUGAAUUUCCUAGUGAAGCAGCAAACCAUUGCCUUCAGUGCCUGCAUUAUUCAGAUGUCCUUAAUCCUUCUCUCAGCAGGCAGUGAAAUCCUCAUGCUCUCAGCAAUGGCAUACGACCGAUACGUUGCCAUCUGCAAACCUCUGCACUAUCAAAAGGUGAUGACCAAACUUGCCUGUCAGCACCUGGUGGGGGGGGUGUGGGCAAUGGGGGCAUUGCAGUCUCUGACAAACACCCUGCCAAUGCUCAAGGUGCAGUUCUGCAGGAACACAGUAAUUCAGCAUUUCAGCUGCGAGAUGCCCCCUCUGUUAACUUCAGCUUGCGGUGGGACCUUCCUCAAUAAGCUUGUUCUUCUCGCUUCUUCUGUGAUCUUUGGGUCAAGCUCCUUCCUACUCAUUCUCAUCUCCUACAUUUAUAUCAUCUCUACAAUCUUGAAGAUACAGUCUGCAAAGGGGAGACACAAAGCCUUUUCCACUUGCAGCUCCCACCUCAUCGUAGUGGUUCUGCUGUACGCAACCGCUCUGUUCCAGUACACAAAAUCCAGUUCAGUCUCAUUCUUCAUUCUAGAUCAACUGUUUUCCAUCCAGUAUAGCAUUUUUACCCCCAUGCUAAAUCCCAUCAUCUACAGCCUGAAAAAUAAUGAUAUGAAAGCAGCUUUGGGCAGAAUGUUAGGAAAAAUCCGAGUUUUGCAAUCAGUGUAA